AUAUCUUAGGAAACACAUAUAACAAGAGAGUAGUGAUGAUCGAAUAAAUGGGCCUAAAAAGAUCAGCCCAAAAAGAAACUAAGCCCAAUAAAUAGUUUUCUAACAAACGUGUGGACUCGGUGAGUCAUCUACCUCAUCUCGGUAAUGGCGGUGACCUCAUCGUUAUUAUUCCCUCCGACGUUAUCCCGACGAACAAUCACGAUCUGCUCGAAAUCAAUGGCGGCGAAAAACCAAAUCGAUGGAGAAACCUCAAAGCGGGUCGUUGUAUGCGGCGGCGGCGUAAUCGGCGUCUGCACUGCUUAUUUUCUCGCCAAGAAAGGAAUCGCCGUCACUCUCGUCGAGAAAUCAGCCGUCGCGUGCGCUGCUUCCGGUAAAGCUGGUGGAUUUCUCGCUUUCGAUUGGUGCGAUGGAAGUCCUGUUGCGCCUUUAGCACGCGCGAGCUUUAACCUCCAUCGAUCACUCUCCGAGGAGCUAAACGGCGUCGAAUCGUACGGGUACAGACCACUCACGACUCUUAGCCUCACUGUGACGGAAGCAACGCCAGGUUCCGGCGGUUUGGGUUUACCGAAUUGGGUCAACGGCCCAGCUAAAAGCCCAUCAACGAUUGGUACGACUCAAACAACAGCACAAGUGCAUCCACAGCUUUUCACUCGGAAGCUGUUAUCGACGGCGACGGAGAAGUACGGUGUUGAGGUUGUUAUCGGAAAAUUGGAAGAGGUGAGAGUGGAAUCAGGACGAGUUGACUCUGUAGUGCUUGAAGGUGGGAGAGUUAUAGACACUGAUGCGGUGGUUCUGGCGAUGGGUCCAUGGUCGAGUAAAUUUGAGUUGUUGUCUUCGAUUUUUAGGGUUUAUGGUAUUAAAGCUCAUAGUAUUGUCUUGAAACCCAAGGAACCAAAUGCUAUAACACCUCAUGCCCUAUUCCUAACUUAUCGUCCUGCUCAUGGUGGUGAAGCUUUGGACCCUGAAGUAUACCCUCGUCCCACAGGUGAAGUGUACAUAUGUGGAAUGUCAUCACAAGAAGAAGUACCUGAUGAUCCAGAUCAGGUCACAAGCAAUCCUGAAUCGAUCCAGGUUCUCAAGAGAGUUGCGAAAACAGUCUCGAGCUAUCUAAACGAAGAAAACGCUCUAGUGAAAGCAGAGCAAGCAUGUUUCUUGCCCAGCACAGAAGAUGGAGUUCCUGUGAUCGGAGAGAUUCCAGGAAUCAAGGGCUGUUAUGUAGGCACAGGACAUAGUUGUUGGGGGAUUCUUAAUGGUCCAGCCACCGGUGCUGCAUUGGCUGAGCUUAUUGUAGACGGCGUAGCCACCAGUGUUGAUCUUAGCCGGUUUAGUCCUUCCCGGUUUAUCAAGCGAAGAUGAAGAGUAUAGUAUAUACUAUAUAGUGUGUUCAUAAAGAUAUCGCGAAAAAAAGCUAAUCUGUUCCAUGCUGUGUUCUUUGAAGUUUUAGCAUACAGAAUUGUGAUUACGAGGAAUCUUUUAAUGUGAUUGUAUUUUGUAAUCGUUGAGCAUUUUAGUCGAACCGGUUAGAUCUAAAGCCAAACUGCAAGUUAAACCAGAAUUUGUUAUUGGU